UUCUCUUUCAUUUUUAGAUUUAGCUGUCAUCUGUACGUCUUCAGUUUAAUUUUUCUUGUUUUGCCUAUCAGCACAAUGGUUGUCUACAAACUAACUUACUUCAACAUAAUGGGACGGGCAGAACUGACACGCGUUAUGUUCGCUCAAGCGGGUGUGGAAUAUGAAGAUGUCAGACUCACAUUCGAAGAGUGGGGGAAGUUGAAACCAAGUAGUGUAUUUGGACAACUUCCGAUGCUUGAAAUCGACGGUGUCCAAUACUGCCAAACUCCUGCAAUAAACAGUUACUUGUCAAAAAAAUUCGGCUUUUCUGGGAAAACUGAGGAAGAGAGAAUGAGAGUUGAAAUGAUUGGAUUCUGUAUUCACGACAUGGCAAUGAAGAUCCCGCACAUGGAGAAAGAUGAGAAAAAGAAGAAAGAAGGGUUCGAACGAGCGUUCAAAGAAGACGUGCCCCCUUUGUUGCAAAAACUUGAAGCAAUUCUCAAACAAAACAAAAAUGGUGAUGGUUAUUUUGUGGACGAGCUCUCCUCUGCUGAUAUGGCCUGGAUGCUGAUGGCAGAUUAUUUUGAAAUUAAGUGUCCUGACCUCUUGAAGGCUGUACCAAAACUGGCAGCCCUCGCAAAGAAAGUAGCUGAGGAGCCUAAAAUUAUUGCUCAUAAAAAAUUCAGGCCAAAUACAGAAGUGUAGAUGUAUUACAUAUGCAAAAGAGGAAGUAAUUCGAAAGAAAUCAAAUUUAAUUUGAAAGCGCUGUUGCAAUAUUGAAUGUUAUUUUGCAUUUAUUGCAUGAAAGUAGUCUGAAACUUUAAAAUAUAUCACUCACCCGGCAAAAAUAUACUUCCAAAAGAGAAUAUAUACAAAGAGUACAUUGUACAUUUUCUUCAUCAGUUUACUUCGAAUGAGAAAAUACUUCUUCAACACAUUAAAAAACUUUUUUAACUUUC